CUCUCCCUGCCGGACACAGUGACGUUUUACCCGGAGGAGCUGUCCAUGCCGGAGGGCAGCAACGCCAGCUUCUUCUGCAACAUCUCCACGGCGAGCUUCUCUCGGUCGGACUACAGCUUAAACUGGUACAAAAAGAUCAAUUCCACCCACAACCAAAAAAUUGCAGAGUUGAAUGGGAACGAACAACAACUCCAGAAGGAGAAUUUCGUCCUCAUCAACCACACUUCCACGGUGGAAAUAAAGAUCCUGAACCUCACCAAGAGCGACUCGGGGCAUUACUACUGCGGGCUGAUCAUUUUCUCCUCGUUCAGCAAAGUGCUGGAAAGCAACGUGUCUCAGCUCACGGUGACAGGAAUCCUCGUCUCAAACGAAUCCUCGCCCAGCGGGACCAAGGACGGGACCGAGGACGAGGUGGAAGACAACAGCUGGACAGGGGACUUUAACGUGCCUCUGAUCGUCAUCCCCAGCGUCGCCGGGGCCAUGCUGCUGGGGCUGAUCGCCUACAUGCUCUCGUGCCGGAUGCGAGGGCAGCAGAAACCACAAAGUGAAAACGCACCCUUGAAGGACGACCAGCCCCCGGGGAUAACGGUGUACACGGUGGAUUACGGCGUGUUGGAGUUCCAGCAGGAGAAGCUAAAGGCCCUGGUGGAGAGCCCCACGUCUGACCACACGGAAUACGCCACCAUCGUGUUCGCGGAAGAGAAGCCUGUAACCCCAGAGAGGGGGAAGAGAACGAAAAGCCCCUCUACCCAAGCACAGCCCUGCUGACGGGCGGGGAGCCCCGCCAGGCCGCUUCUUCCUGGUGGUCACCACUCGACAGCUUUCUUGGAGGCGCUCACACUGGGAGGUGGCCCUCUUUGGACACGCUGGUCAUGGAUAUGCACCAGCCCCGGCUCUCCUGCCUCCCCGUCUCGGGCGACCACAUUCAUGACGGACACUUUACGGCACCGGGCCGUCUUCCGUGGGGACCGUCCCUUCUCCGGGAGGUGGCAAGCCAUUGGUUGCUGCUCAGGGAGGCGUUCACGCGGAUUCGCCGGACCAACGGGCCCGCGGCGGGAGCCCGACGCUGCCCCAUGUGGGGUCCUCGGCUUUGGUUUCUUGCGCUGCAGAGGUGGAUUGCAGCGGCAGCAUGAUCCGUCCCUGGGGUGGAGGUGGGGAAGAAGUGGAGUCAUUGGAGUCAGGUGGGCUCCAAAGAGAGGCCUUCCCCGGCCUCCUCCUUCAGGAGGCUGAUACCAAGCCUGGGUCAGGGAGAGGGUAAAUCGGUGGAAAAGGAUGGGAGCUCCAGGGUGGAUGCAGGGGCACCCCCAGGAUGAUACUACCAUGGACAACCAGGGCCCACGUCUUGGAUGCAAGUCCACAUCAUGGACUUGCCAUUGCAGACACUGAUCUCUCCAUCCUUGGUCUCCCCAGGCCAACCGGAGCUCCAAUGUGCCUCUUUGGACUGCCUGCUGGGUUUGAACUUACUAAGAAAUCUUAACGUUGGGAGAUAGCUGUAAAUGCACGCACCUGGCGGCAGGGUGCAAGGACCCUAGGAAACAGGCUACAGCCCUGAUGCGUGCUGCCCUCCGUAAGAGCUGCAGCACCCAGGUGGGGGGCAGGGGGUCUGCUCGGGGGGCAGCAGACAGGAGAAGGUUGCUCUUCCUGUCCUGUGCCAAGCGAGCUCUGCGGGAGAAGCUGCCUGGCGUGUAACCCCGCGUGUCGAAAGACGACUGGGAAACGGGCUGCAGUGGCUUGGUUUCCUGUUCCAUAGUUUCACGUAUUUGCACUUGAGAUUUAAGAGCUCCAGGUGAGUGGAGCUGGAUUGAAACCCAACGGGGUGGAAAUCCAGAUUCUAGGCGGCGCACGGACUGGGCGCACCUGGCUUCUUGACCCGCCCUGCUGGAAUCCCGGGGACUAUGGGAGCAGGACGUGUCACUCCCGGGGUUCACGGUCCCCGAGGGCCUGAUCUUGUUGAGAGGGUGCUUGGCUCUCGGCGUCAGCACCCCCGGGGGCAGGCCCAGGAGUUUACACUGAAGUGAUCAAAGGUCUCUGUGAAUAAAAAGAAGCUUUCACUUGCCCUUCGGUUUGGUUCCCUGCUUCCUG